UCUACUUACCAUGGCCUUUUCUAGUGAAGCUGAGACGCUUCGUUUUGAUAGAGAAUUAUAUGAAGCUAUAGAGAAAGGAGACGAAGUGGAGGUGAUUGAACUCUGCAGAAAAGUUCCAGAAGGCCCACUCUAUCCAGUGACUAUACACAAAGACACCGUCAUACACAUGGCCACCUAUUCCAAGCAACAAGGCUUAGUCGUCAGUUUACUCAAGGAGUUCCAGGAAACUCUCCGGGACCGUCGUCAAAUGGCGACACAAAACGACAUCGGAAACACCAUGCUCCACGAGGCAGCCACCACCAACAAAACAAUCGACGCUGCUGAGGAAAUGCUCCGCCUUGCCCCGGAGUUGCUGGAGACGCGCAACAAGCGUGGAGAGACCGCUAUCUUCCGCGCAGCCCGAUAUGGGAAGAUGAACAUAUUCCAGUUUCUUGAGGGCCAAGUGAAUAAACUCUUUGAGCGUGAGAUCAGUGAAGGAGAGGAGAAGCGUAGAGCCUUUUAUGCAAGGGAUGAUAAAACCACCAUUCUUCACAUAUGCAUUCUCAGAGAGCACUUCGAAUUAGCUUCGUAUAUUGCAAGAGAGCAUGAAUAUUUAGCCUACGACAAAGACGAAGAUGGCAUGACAGCUCUACAACUUCUUGCAUACAACCCAUCAGCAUUUGAAUAUGGAAGGAAACCAAGAUUCUUGAAGUGGCUCAUUAGUUUUUGCUUCUCAGAAGAAGUUACUGCUGCAACAAGUGAAGGUAAAUCGUAUGUCAGAGUUCCUAUGUGGGAAUCAAUUAAGGGACAGAGGCAGAGAUAUAAAUCAGCGGUGGAACUUGCCAAUUUAUUGAUUAAAAAAGAUACUUCUUGGAAGAAUACUGAAUUUGCACUAAACCAGAGCAAGCCAAGGACCCAUAAAUUUAGAUCCGCCCAAACAGUCCCAACAACUCAAAUUCGCAAAAAACAUGUAGCUGAAACCCCGCUAUUUCUGGCAGCCAAAUCGGGGAUUUUGGAGAUCGUUAAACAAAUACUAGAAGAGUUUCCACUAGCAAUAGAGCAUAUUGAUGAUGCAGGUAGAAAUAUAUUGCAUGUAGCCAUCAAGUAUCGCCAAAUUCGUGUCUUUGAUUUCGUUGAAACAAAGGAACUUCCAAUGAAGAGGCUUGUAAGGAAACUUGACAACCAAGGGAAUUCUAUCCUGGGAUCAAGGGAGAGCAUGCUCAGAAGAAUCACGAUAUGCGAAAUCCAGCCAUCAUAUUGCAGGAAGACUUGCUCUUGUUUGAGCGUGUGAAGAGGACUUGCGCAACCCAUUUAACCAACCACUUGAACAAUAAUGGAGACAGUGCUGGAAAACUAUUUGCUGAAACAAAUGCUGUACUUUCUAAAGAUGCCAAAGAUUGGCUCAAGCGCAC